AACAUCCCAUCGUACAGCUCCUCCAAUCAUCCCGUACUCGCCCCUUGCCGCUCCUCCUUCUUGCUCACGACGACGAUGCUCGCUCAGUCAGUCUCGUUGGCCGCCAGGUCUGUGGCCCGUCCCGCCGCUCUGCGGGUCGCCUCGACUUCCCUUGCGCCCGCGGCCAUGGCUGCCUCUACACGACUACUCUCCUCGUCGGCAAAGGCCGCUGUGGCCAAGCAGGGAGUUGCUGGAGACAAAGUCAACUCCUUCUCUCCUUACCCCGAGUCGGCCGGUGCCAACCCUCUGGACUCGUAUGGCGAGAUCGCAGCCAGCCUGCACGACUAUGGAGCUUACAUCACCUCGUGUCUCCCCAAGUUCAUCCAGCAAUUCUCUGUAGUCAAGGACGAGCUCACACUCUACAUCCAUCCCUCGGCCGUUGUGCCAGUCCUGUCCUUCUUGCGAGACCACACACAAACCCAGUACAGGGCCCUCAUGGACGUUUCAGGAGCCGACUACCCCACCCGAUCCCAGCGAUUUGAAGUCGUAUACCAUCUGCUGAGCGUCAAGUUCAACUCGCGCAUUCGAGUGAAGACGUACGCCGAUGAGGUCACACCCGUCCCUAGCGCUACUGGGUUGUUCCGGGCGGCCGAUUGGUACGAGAGGGAGAUCUGGGAUCUGUAUGGUGUGUUCUUCCUUGGUCACCCCGAUUUGCGUAGGAUCAUGACCGACUAUGGAUUCGAGGGCCACCCUUUGCGAAAGGACUUCCCUCUCACUGGAUACUCGGAGGUCAGGUGGAGCGAAGAGAAGAAGCGUGUCGUGACAGAACCGUUGCAAUUGACUCAGGCAUUCCGAAACUUUGAAUCGAACAGUCCGUGGGAGCAGGUGGGAGAGGGAGAGGUGAGGCGACCCAAGAACCUUACAUUGACUCCUCCCAAGCCGAAGGAAGAGCCAAAGAAGUGAGCUCGCUCCUCGGGCCACUUUGUAGAGGAUCUCAGAAGCAAAUAUAUCAGUUUUCACAGCG